GCGGAGCCGACGCUUGCGGUGUACGCUGCGGAUGGAGAGGCUGCCUUUGAGGGGGGUCGAUCCGAGGUGCCAUCAGAGACGACGUACGUGUUGCCGCUGGACACGAAGUGCGAGCUAAUAGGGUCGUCGGUCGUAGAGACGCCGGAAGAAGAAGUACUUCUGAUUAUGCCGGAACUUCCAGGGACGACAUUGCUACAGUUUCUACGGCAACGUCGAAGGAAGAGUGGUCGGAAGCUCAAUGAGGAGGAAGCCCGGCGAUUGCUCGAGAAAGUAGCCACUCUGUUGCAAGCCGUGCACAAGUCAGGUGUGGUUCACUGCGAUCUGAAUCUCGAGAAUGUGCUCGUGAGCUCCGAUAUUUCCCAGGCGUGGCUCAUCGACUUUGGUGGGGCGCGCGGUCUGUUGGAUGGUAGCAGCUCGUCGGCUCAAGUGAUGACGGGGACGCCUGGAUACGUAGCACCGGAGCGUGUUCAGGAUCCGCUAGCGCUACCGACACCGCAGGCAGAUGUAUUCAGUCUUGGCAUUCUCCUC